AUGAGCAAAUCUGUCCGAAGGGGCGAAAUAUACUUUAACGGGGUUUUUAAAUAUUCUAAGAAGAAAAGCUUACCAGUGCGUGACGAUGCUGGUUAUGGGGACUUUUCAACGGAGAGGGGAUACUUGAGUGCAAUACGGGAGAAAAAUAGUGCCCAUGGAAUAGGAAGGAAGCGGGAAAAUGCUAAUCACGCGGAGGGGGACUUGGACUGGGAAGAGGUUGGCCCGGAAAUAGACAAGAUGGGAAAAGCGGGCGAAACUGAGCAAGAGCGAGAAGACGAAGAGGAAGAAGGGCACGAGAACGAGCAGGAAGAAGGGCUCGAUAACAAACAGGAAGAACAGCGGAGGCACACACCAGAACGACUGCAACAAAGAGGCGAAAAACCGAGAGAGCAACCUGGAGAAAGAUCAAGGGAGAAGAACAAGGGUUCCCCAAAAGUCACCGCUAUAACAAGCGACGCUGUGGAGGCACCCGUGAGAAGGCUUUUCCCCGAUGGAAUAUUAAAAAAACGGUACCCCCGAAAAUCUCGUGAUGUGGAUAAUCCCCAUGUUGAAGGUGUAGGUCUUAAUGCCCCUCCCGAAUUCGACAAGGCGGCUGUUUCGCAAAAUGACGAAAGUGGUGAUAAUGGUGACAGUGGUGACAGAGGACGUGAGCAUUCUAGCACGAUGAAUAAAAAAGGAAAAGGGAAAAAGCCAGCAAAAUCGAAAAAUCCUCCUCCAAAAAAGAAGUGCGCUUUUAAAAAAAGUAUCCCACCUAGGAAAAAAAAAAAGCUGUUAAAUGAGGCCUAUGACAACCCGAUAUAUUUUGACAUGUGCCACAGCUGCGAUGCUGCACAACCAAGCGCCAAUAGGUCUUACAUAAAAAAAAGUAAAAAGAAAAUAAACGGAGAGAAUUGUAAAUACAAGUACGAACUGCCCACUAUCGCUUCCUUGGGAAAGGUCAAAAAAUUAAAUUAUUUAAACUUUACAAUUAACGAAGACGAAAUGACCAAGCAGGAGAGGAUGCUCCUCGAUAAUUUAUCAAACGUGUGCUUUGGCGGUAGCCUCCUGCACACCGUUGCCCAGCCACGCAAAAAGUUGAGGCGUAAAAGGGGAAAGAAUUACCAAUAAGGAAUGCUGCCGUGGUUUUGCGAAGCGGGAUUAUCGCGCUAGGAGAUGCUUCCACAAGUGCAUGUAUGCAUCGUCCUAUUUUUCGCUUCGUGCGAUUCUAUUUUGUUUUUUUCUUUUUCCCCCCCCCCCUCCUUUCUUUGCAACAAUUUUGUUAAAACAUCGCAUUUAAAAAGUU